AAUUGUUUGGUUUACUUUUAGAAACAGGAAUUAGAGGGAAAAAAAAAAAAAGAAAUGUCUGGUAGAGGAAAGACCGGUGGAAAAGCGAGAGCCAAGGCGAAGUCUCGUUCAUCCAGAGCAGGCUUGCAGUUCCCAGUCGGUCGUGUUCAUAGGCUUUUGCGGAAAGGAAACUAUGCUCAGCGUGUGGGCGCUGGAGCCCCGGUCUAUCUGGCCGCGGUGCUCGAGUACCUGACUGCUGAAAUCCUAGAGCUGGCCGGGAACGCUGCCCGGGACAACAAGAAAACCAGAAUCAUCCCGCGUCACCUGCAGCUCGCUGUCCGCAACGACGAGGAGCUUAACAAGCUGAUGGGAGGUGUCACCAUCGCUCAGGGCGGAGUGCUGCCCAACAUCCAGGCUGUGCUGCUGCCCAAGAAAACGGAGAAACCAGCCAAGAGCAAAUAAAGCAUCAAACGACCCGUGUAUUACACCAACAAAGGCUCUUUUAAGAGCCACCCACCUUUUCAAAAAGAGCAAUUUACAUUCUAGUAAUACUGGAGCAGUAAGCGUAGAUCUGCUUAAAUCUGACGAGUUAAUAUGAAGUACAUUAUACGCUGUUUGUAUCUACCCUAAUAUUUUUUUUAUAACAAUAACAUUUAUUUUAAAUGUUCGCUUUGUUCCUUACUAACGUUACAUUUUUGGGGGGACGGGGGGUAAUUAUCAAAACCAGAAAAGAUUUCCAAAGGGCCAGGUUUUACUCUGUCCGCAACGACGAAGAUCUCAAGAUGGAGGCGCCACCAUCGCUCAGGGCGGGGUGCUGCUGCCCGAGAAGCCAGGCAAAAAGUAAACGAAGCUUCGUUUUGCCUUUUAACAACUAAACCCAAAAGCUCUUUUCAGAGCCACCCAUCAAUUCAAGAGAGUUAAACGCAACGCUUUUUGUUUAAUACCCUAUAUAAGACACACAAAAUCAGGUUACUUAUUUAUUCCGUGCAAGCAGUCAUCUCACAAACAAUUAAAAAUAAAUUCAAAGCCGUUUAAUGUACACGAUAUGUUAUCAUUUAACUGCCUAUACCACCAUGUACUGCUAAAUAUUCCUAUUAGUUAAAUGGAAAUAUAAAUGUUUUGAUAAAAGCUGAAUUAUAGGUACAAUAAAUAGUCUCUCUCUC